AUGGCCUCCACCGUCUCAUACGGUCACGACCAAAUCACGAAUCAUCCUCAUGAUGCAGAUCCAGGAUCACCACCCGACUUGACCAAUUCCAAGUCCUCCAAAUCAUCUUCCUUUCAUUCUUCCAACCUGGCCGAGCCAGCGGGUCCUACUGAUAUUUCGCAUUUCGAAGACAUUACCUUAGAUGAUCUUCAUAAUACCUAUUCCUCCGAUGUAUACGAGAAGAAAGCGACUGACUAUCGCCCGACGAUUCGCGAGUCGACGUCCUCGAUGGCCAGCAGCCGAAGCAGUACACAGAGCAUUCCUACCUUACGAGACUUAACGAACCGCUCGAGACCGAAAUACCCAAGUUUGAAGGGGCAUGUUUCGAGCGUUCCCCGUGAUGCACCCCCCCCGAAUGGAUCUCGCCGCGGUGUUACCGGUCCUUCACCAAUAUCACUACCUCACCGCGGACCAAGGAAUCCGACAUCAAGGUCGCCGUCUCCCGGCUCAAGACAUAUUGGGAACUCCUCGGCGAAUUCGAGCCUUCGCGGCGAGUCGCCAGCCCCCCGCAUUUCGCAUCGACGACCGACAUGGAAACCAGGCAGGAAAUCGGUCAAGGAACUGGAAGACGAAUAUCAUGAUUCGGACGAAGACGUCCCUGACGAUGCCGUCAUCUGGAACGUUCCUCUUUCCCCGCGACCUCUUCUCGAUCGAUCCCUCUCCGCCAGUCCCGACCCUCGAUCCCAGACAUCUCUACUAGCUCGCUCCCCCGAAGGGUUUUCCCCCUACCCGUCGGAACAACUGCGAUCCGCUCCCGCCGGCCAAACCACUUCACCAAGCGGCACAACUCCCCCCCAAUCACUACGAGACCGCAUUCCUAAGAGCGCCUCAGCGACGUGUCUUGUCGAGGAACGUCCCUACCACAACACCCGCACAAAGUCAUGGACGGAAGCUUUAUCCGACCUUUCCGACGAUGCACGAAAUCUGACGGAAGCUUUGGAGUCGUACGCCGAGUCCGGCGAUCGCGCUCAUGAAGCCAAUGUGCAAAGCGGGCGAUUGAACCUCGCCAAGACGCAGUCAUAUCCAUCGGGGGAUCCAUACAAUCCGGCGCGUUCGAAAUCCGGGAAAUCCAUCUCGCUUCCACCGUUGAGACGAGGCGAUAUCAUGAUCGAUCCGCUACCGAUCAGCAAAGAGAAGGAGAAGGUUUUGACACGCACACGGCCCAGUUGGCUUCCACCUAAGAAUCCACUGGAAGAAAAAAAGCACUUGAAGGAAUGGCAGCGGAUGAUGGCGCAUGCGGCUGAGAUCGAGAAACGACGAGCAGCCACCGCGCAGGCGCAAAACGUUGCCAAAGACACGUCUCAAGCUUCUCUCGCUCGCCUUUGGAGUGACCAUGUCCUCCCAAACUGGAACACUGCGAUCAACGAGCCACGAAUCCGGGAGCUCUGGUGGCGCGGCAUCACACCUCGACUUCGGGGUGAAGUCUGGAGCCGCGCGAUCGGAAACGAGCUUGCUCUCACACAUACCAGCUUCGAGGCUGCUCUGGGUCGCGCUCGGGCUGCACGCGCACGAGUAGAACAAGAACGACGGCCCUCUUCUGCAUUCGAAAACGAGAACUCUCCUGGGACCGAAAGGCAAGAGUCGCGUCUAUUCGCAACGAUAGAUGCUCUCGCGCUUGAAACACACCCUUCUCUGCGCCUCUUCGCUCCUACUGGGCCUUUCCACGCUCCACUCAUCGACGUCCUCUCCGCCUAUGCCUACUACCGCACCGAUGUUGAAUUCCCUGCUCCGCGAGACUCCUCUAUCCCUUCUUCCCCCCUAGCCACCACCAUCCCGCUCCACCUCAUCGCGGCUCUCCUUCUUCUGAACCUCCCCGACGCCCCCUCCGCCUUCAUCGCCCUAUCCAACAUCCUCAACCGGCCCCUUCCUCUCGCUUACCUCAUCCACGACCCCUCCGCCAUCGCCCGUGCCCACGACCGCAUCCGCUCCGCCCUCCGAUACAAACGACCGGGCCUCGCGUCCCAUCUCUUCGACCCGCCUGAUCGGCCGUCGACGGACUCCGACGUGGGGAGGGGACCGCGGGAAACGGUGGAGGUGGGCAUGGUGCGCCGGGCGAUGGAUCGCAUGUUGGCGGGGUUGUUCACGGAUGGCCUGGACGUGGAGGUGGCAAGUCGGAUGUGGGAUGUGUAUGUGUUCGAGGGGGAUGGAGCGUUCGUGCGGGGUGCAGUUGGGGUCUUGAUAAGCCUGGAAGGGAAGUUGUGGGGUGGCACCGAGGAGGUUGCGAAGGCGUUGGAGUCGGAGGACGGAUGGGCGGUAGGUGAAGUUGAAGCCUUCUUGGGGACGGUGAGAGAAGCUGGGAAGAUGGAAAGAAGGAGGGAAAAAGAUGGAUGA